AUGGUCAACUACUACCUCAAGAUGGAGCCGCACUUAUUCAGGGAGGCAGUGCAUGGUCAGUUUGAGAGGAUUGUUCAGGAACGGGAGGCUGCUGCUGCAGCUGCCAAGGCAAAGGGCAAUGAUGCUGCCUCUGGAAGCGACAAGAGCGACCUUGUCUUGUACAGGCGGAUGGAGGAGGUGAAGAGGAGCGAGCAGCGCGCAACCGUGGAGGAUCUCAUGUAUGCGAGUGUCCUGGAGAAGUUUGUGGACGUUGGAGUGGACAUGCUGCCCCGCUUGGAGAACAUCAUCGAGUCACCUGCAAACCUCAAGGCCCUGACAGAGGGCAUCCACACCAAGGAGGCGCUGGAUCUUGUGAGGGAGCAUGUGCGCGGCAUCAUGGGCCCAGCAGCUGUCGCGUUUUCCAACGCCAUGAUCAAGAUGUCCAGGCUCCAAGCUGCCCAGGUGUAUGCAGCAAGCAUCAUGUUUGGGUACUUUGUGAGGCGUGUGGACAAGCGAUUCCAGCUGGAGCGCUCCCUCGGCCUGCUCCCCCAGAACACUGAGGAGGCAGUCGCGCGGUUAGAGCGGCUCUUCUCACAGGCUGAGAAUGUGGAUGCUGCUGAGGAUCCAGACUCAGCCCCAUCAUCUCCAAGCUCAGAGUCAUCAUCGUCGGCUGGCCCAGCUGACAUCCCAUCUGGAGGCCCUUUGGGUGGAUCCGGUGUCUCACAGGCAGAAGCAACCGGCGACUUCCAAAGCCUUGGCGCGGAGAAAGCAAAAAAGAAGAGCGCUCUGAGAGAGUAUGUAGAAGCCUUUGAUCAGGAGACAAUGCUGGAGAUGACUCGGGUGGUCAGUGCGGAGGGGGCAGCCCUUGUGGAAGCUCAGACCAGUGCGCUGUUUGGCGACCUCAAAUCGUUGCAGCGGCAGAUGCAGGAAGCGGUGGGCACGGAUGCCAACUCUAUGGAGGAGCUGAUGGAGCGCGUGCAGUCGGCUGUGAACAGCGGUGCUGUGGAGUCUGUAACAAUCACAGUCGGCACGCAGCGCCGCGCAGUGCUGGAGGCCGUGGCGUUUGGCACCUUCCUGCGCGAUGUGGAGACGCAUGUGGACACAGAGUAUGCGCUGCUGACUCCACCCAGCGGGGACGGCGGUAGCGGCGGUGGUGGCGGCCAGGGUGCUCGCAAGGGCGGAUCCCCUCUGGCAGGCGUCUGAUAUUUUUUAGUCUCCUGCCCAGGAAAAUGCUUCUACUUGCCAAAGUGCACAAAUGUGGUGCACCUUGAUGCUGGAAGCUGUGGAAUUAUUUGCUCGCUAAUUUGAAUCAACCUGACAAGUUGCACAUAGGAAUUGGCCUGCGUGCCAGGACCAGGAAAUGCAAUCAAUGAUAUAUUGUUGCUGUUCCAUGGGAAAUAUCUGUUCCAG